UCCUGUGUGGAAAUUUCAAAGAAAACUAAUAAGUCAUCAGUUUCAAAAAAAGAAUUUUGGAAAUAUAACUUAUGCAUCUAUAAUUCGAAAAUCUGAAAUCGUAAUAAAUGUUUUAAAAAAGUAUGCAGAUAGUGGAAAACCGAUUGAUUUAAAAGAUUUAUUUUUCAGAUUUACUACAGAUACUUCUGGAGAUUUGUCAUUUGGUGUAGAUUUUGGAUGUCUUGCCCAUAUUGGUGAAGAAUCGAAAUUUGUUACUAAAAAAUAUAGUGAAAAAGGUCAACGAAUGCGUGAAGCUUGUAAAUAUAUUGAUGACUAU